GCCCAAGAGGAGCUCAGACGAGAGGGAGAGAGAGAGGCGCCAGAACCGAGUCGUUCUCUGCAAAGCCCCCAAUCUCCGCCGCAUAAGACCUAAGCUACGCCUCCGCCGCCACGAUGCUCCGGCAAGCCACUCGCAUUCUAUCCCGGCCUGUUUUCUCGAACCGGUUGAGCGUUCGGGCCUUGUCCACGGAAGUGCCGGCUACUCCGUCGACGGACUCAACCUUCAUAGACUCAUGGAAGAAGGUGAAUCCAAACAUGGAGCCGCCGAAGACUCCUUCUUCCUUCAUGAGCCCGAGGCCUCCCACUCCCUCCACUAUCCCUUCCAAAAUCACCGUCAAUUUCGUGCUUCCUUAUGCAUCUGAGCUCGCCACUAAGGAGGUUGAUAUGGUAAUUAUACCUGCUACUACUGGGCAAAUGGGUGUUCUACCUGGACACGUGCCAACAAUUGCAGAGCUGAAGCCUGGGAUUUUAUCAGUUCAUGAGGGGAAUGAUGUGACAAAAUAUUUUCUGAGCAGUGGGUUUGCCUUUAUCCAUGCCAACUCUGUUGCUGACAUAAUUGCUGUUGAGGCUGUACCAGUUGACCGCAUUGACCAGAACUCGGUCCAGAAAGGUCUUGCAGAGUUCACCCAGAAGGUAAAUUCGGCGUCGACUGACUUGGAGAAAGCCGAAGCACAGAUUGGAGUCGAUGUACACAGUGCACUAAACUCUGCUCUUUCAGGUUAAUCUCUCUGUCUCGCAACUGGCACUGCUGAGUUUGGUUCUUUUUUGGAGUGAACAACCGGCCAUUUUGUGCUGUCUUAGUGUAUCUCUUUUUCACUCUCAUUCAAGUGAAAUAAAGGUCAAGAAUUCUCAUGGCGGUUCUGCUUGAGACAUCUCCUGUUUGGAACUUGUUUUCUUCUGGUGAGAAGGUUAUAUAAAUUUGCUUUCUAUCUCAGCAAAUGAAAUAACGGCAGAUGUCUUUUACUGCAUGCUCAAAUGAGUUCCCUUUUCUUUGGAGUCCAGAUGUGAUUACCCUCAUUUAAAUUCUAAUUAUGCUAUGAGAUGGGCUGCUGCCUGUUGGGGUUAGCAUUUAUUGAAAAUAAGAUGUGGAACUUGUGUGG